AUGGCAGACUGGACUAUGACUAGCAUCGAAAGAAAGGGGCCGGAAACACACCCGCCUCAUCAAUUACUCACACCCGACCAAACCAUGCGUCCGAACGAAUACAAGGUCUACGAAUGUGAACAGCAGCAUGAACCGGGGUGUCGCGGACUACGACUUCGACCGGAGGAAGAGCUGUGUCUGGUUCGAAUAUGCAAGCGCCAUAUGAGCAAUUACAACGUGUCGGACCAUCCCAAGUCGUUCUGGAUCGAGAUUGCCGAUGUGCUACUGCGGGAAUGCGGGAGGGUCUACUCAUGGCAGUCGUGUCGUCGACGGAUCUCAACCUACGUGACCAAGAGGAAGACAUUCCGUGCUGCCUUGGAUAGGGGACUACCGCCGCCAUAUUACGACAUCGAUCAGGAUGUCGCUGAGGAGGUAGAUAACUGGAUCGAGGAAUCUGAUUCCAGGUGGGAGGCUUUGCAACGGGAGAAAGAGCUGGGGAGUAAUGAACAGGCGAUGACUUACAAGGAGAAGCUGAGGCUCGAACAUGAGGCGCGGCGUAGGCAUCUCGUGAAACGGGUCCAAGAUUGGGUGGACAAUGUGCCUUUUCCGGAGGAAGUGAUGCUAUUGCCGCAUAAUGUGGAGAGACCGUCUGCGCCUAAUAAUAAUGAUAACGAAUACCCGUCUGUUCCUCGCUCUCGCUUUCAGUCUCGAUCUCGAUCUCGAUCUCCUCGCCGACCAGAAAAUUACUUCCCUUCCAAUAACCCAUACCGUCAACGACCUCCGCCUCGGCGGCCCUUGACUGUUCAGGAAGUUUGCGAUUCCCUACAACGGAAUAUGCGGAAAGGGUGUGAUCGUGAAGGAGAACCAUCAGGACUCUAUAUUGACCGACCGGACCCAGUUUCGCCCAAAGACGAAGGGACAGAUCAUCAUAAAAUGGAAACCUCCGUGGAAGAACCCGCACCUGUACCUAUUGCCCAGGAAAAUAAUCACUCAUUGUCUCCACAUCGCGAAUCGGAAACGGUAGAUAAGGAUUGUCAAGCGGUGCCCGAAAUAAGGACUGCUAUCGACAACGCUUUCAAAUCAGCGUCCGCAACAUUCAGUCAACAGAUGAAUGAAUUGGCGGGGAACCCGGCCAUCCAGAACCAGAACUUCAGGCUGUCUCUCAAGGGUGUCGAAUCGGCUGUGAAUGCACUGUACCAGAACAUCGGAAAGAUGGUGGAGAGCAUGGUUGAAAUAGCCACUGACAGCAAAUCUUCGGAGACACGCGCAUAA